GAGACGCGCGCCGUGCGGGGUGACGUCACCGCGCGCUUCUGGGCAUGGGCAGGUGGGAAGAGCAGGCUAAGUUUGGCCCCUGUUAGGAGGAGGGAAGCGGGAGCAGGAGGCAGGCUGCUGUGCGUGGGAAAACUCAAGGCAGGCUCCAGUCUCCUUCUUCUCCCUCCCCCCUUCUCUCCCCCACUUCCCUGCCUUUGGGGGCCAGGCCUGCCAGCCUUCCCCCCCCUUUUUUUUUGCCUGCUGGUGUGCUGGGGGGAAGCAGCUCCUGGUGCCAUGGCUGCUGAAGACUCCAGCUCCCUGCCCUGGUCCAUCAACAAGGAUGAUUACGAGCUGCAGGAGGUGAUUGGCAGUGGAGCAACAGCAGUGGUGCAAGCAGCCUAUUGCAGUCCGAAGAAAGAAAAGGUGGCAAUCAAGCGGAUCAACCUUGAGAAAUGCCAGACCAGCAUGGAUGAGCUUCUGAAAGAAAUUCAAGCCAUGAGUCAGUGCCAUCAUCCGAACAUCGUAUCUUACUAUACUUCCUUCGUAGUGAAAGAUGAACUCUGGUUAGUGAUGAAGCUUCUCAGUGGAGGGUCUGUUCUGGAUGUUAUUAAGCACAUUGUGGCAAAAGGAGAACACAAAAGCGGAGUGCUGGAUGAACCUGUGAUAGCCACGAUCCUGAAGGAGGUGCUGGAAGGACUGGAAUACCUGCAUAAAAACGGACAAAUCCACAGGGACGUGAAAGCUGGAAACAUCCUUCUAGGAGAAGAUGGCUCGGUCCAGAUUGCAGAUUUUGGUGUUAGUGCUUUUUUAGCCACUGGCGGCGACAUCACCCGCAACAAAGUGAGGAAAACCUUCGUGGGCACCCCUUGCUGGAUGGCACCUGAAGUCAUGGAGCAGGUGAGAGGUUAUGAUUUCAAGGCGGACAUCUGGAGUUUUGGAAUCACGGCAAUCGAGUUCGCGACAGGGGCAGCUCCUUACCACAAAUACCCACCCAUGAAGGUCUUAAUGUUGACGCUACAGAAUGAUCCGCCCUCGCUGGAGACAGGUGUGCAGGAUAAGGAGAUGCUGAAGAAGUAUGGAAAGUCUUUUAGGAAGAUGAUUUCACUGUGCUUGCAAAAAGACCCCGAGAAAAGACCAACAGCUGCUGAACUUCUAAGGCACAAAUUUUUCCAGAAAGCAAAGAAUAAAGAAUUUUUGCAAGAAAAAAUGCUGCAGAGAGCCCCAACCAUCACGGAAAGAGCCAAAAAGGUCCGAAGAGUCCCUGGCUCCAGCGGGCGCCUUCAUAAGACGGAAGAUGGCGACUGGGAGUGGAGCGACGAUGAGCUCGAUGAAGAGAGCGAGGAAGGCAAAGCGGCAAUUUCACAGCUCAGGUCGCCCAGAGUGAAAGAAUCAUCACAAAAUUCCGAGCUCUUUCCGCCAGCGGAGCAGCCGGCAAGCCCUUUGCUCAACGUCCCGGCCCAGCCGCCUCAACUACCUCAGCCUGCAGGACAAGCACCCGCACAAACUUCUCCCGCUGUCCCUGCUCCAGCUUCUCAGGCACCUUCAGCAGCAGCUCUACCACCUGCGCAGGCACCUCCUGCAACAGCCCCAGCGCAAGAGGAAAUGAAAAUCCCCAUCAGCCUCGUUCUAAGGUUAAGGAAUUCAAAGAAAGAACUCAACGACAUUCGAUUCGAGUUCACCCCUGGGAGAGAUACUGCGGAUGGGGUAUCCCAAGAACUCAUCUCGGCUGGGCUUGUCGAUGGCAGAGACUUAGUAAUAGUUGCUGCCAACUUACAAAAAAUUGUGGAAGAGCCCCAGACGAAUCGAUCUGUCACUUUCAAACUGGCAUCUGGCGUCGAAGGCUCUGAUAUCCCCGAUGACAGCAAGCUGAUUGGGUUUGCCCAGCUCAGCAUUAACUAAAAACGACACUCCCAGACGAUGGUCCCCCCCCCCAACGGGUGCAGCCUUGAACGCUUCUGUCAGCCUGAAAAGCAAAACCACUACUGCCAAAGAACCAAACUACAGCUCCCUUUCUUAGAAGCUUUAACCUCAUUUGUUUCCCGAGUCGCAUCGCAGCGCCUCCCCGCCGACACCACCAUUGCAGACAGCUGGCUUCUCGGCCACAUUUCCUUCAUCCCAGAUGUGCAGACCCAGCCUUCCAUUGCCUGCAUGUUUGUAGUUUUUUAUGAUUAUUAUUAUUGCCUUAACUAUUUAAAGUACAAAAAAAGAAAGAAAGAGAAGGAGCCAGAAAUACUACUGAGAGUACGACACAGGGCUUCCACUACUCUUAACAACUAUCCCGGCGCGAUUUGUGUGCCUGUCCGUUUCUCGAUUCUAUGUCGAAUCAGGUUGCCCCCCCCCCCCCGUGUGGCUGUGUGGUUGUUGCUCCAUUGCAAAAGGGGGGUUGCUUCACUUUUGGGUCCACUUUACCAGGCAUUGGG